AUGAAUGCACAUUCCGAACUUCUUGAUCAAAAUGGAUAUAUUUAUGUAAGUAAAUUUCAAUUAUUCAUUAAUUUUUGAUUUAUAACAACUCAAUUUUCAGCCCUUCCAAACAUCUUGGUUCGAUUUACCCUUGGAAAUGAGAGAAAUGGUGAUUCUUGAGAUGGAUUUGAAAACCCGAUGCAAUUUCUCAGAGUGCUCAAAAACUUGCGGAGAAGAAGUUAUAAAAAUUAUGACAUAUGAUCUGAGUGUUCACUCAAUUUUAACAUACAAUUCAAGGGAGAUUUUGAAAUUUGAAAUAAACCAUGAUUUCGAUGAUUGUUAUGUGUUUGAAUUUGAGAAAUUCAAAGAGAAGCAAACCAUUGUCAGAUUUGUGUAAGUUAUUUUUGGAAGGAAAUAUUUAAUAAUUCAAUCAAAUUUCAGUUACGGUUCUCAUACAACAACUACUAUUGUCAAUGAAAAACCAAUUGAAAUUCGAACGAAAUAUUUGAACUAUUUAUUCAAAAAAUAUAAUCAUUCGAUUUGUUGGUGUAAUCUUUUGGUGAGUACAAAUUAUCAUUCUUGCCCUCCGCAAAAAUCAUUUUCUCAGGAUCAAAAUGUAUCUACAACACUUUCUGGAAUCAAAAUCGAUUUAUUAACAAAUUUGGAUGAAUUUGAGCUUCAGAUAUGGCCACGAACAUUGGAAUCAAUUUAUGAGGCUGGUAUUAUAACUGAAGAUAAGGUAGGUUUUGAAAAAUUCAAGAAAUUUUUUAUUAAAUCCCCAGUUGUUUUCAGUUAUGUCAAAUCAAGACUAUAAAAUUGGACAUUUCUCAAAAUGACGCCUACAAGAUCGCACUCUCUUUCAAAGGGAAUCAGGCACACAUGGAAUGCGAGAGGACUUUUGAUAUUAAUUUGUUUUAUCAGUUUUUAUUUCAAUUGAAAAAUGAGGGAACGAAAGAAUCAAAUUCUGUCAUCAAAUUCUGUUUUGAUGGGAGAAUUAUUGAUUAUUCAAUUUUGAUCCGCGAAAUUUUUUAUUUCUCUAUUAUAAAUACUUGGGAUGAAAUCGAUCAUGAUGGAACUAUUUGUGAAAUAUUUGAAUUCGAAACAGAAACAUCACAGAGAAUUCGUGUUAUUUGGAAAACUUAUGAAAUCGAUGUAAAAUUUUGAUUUUUUAUUUCUCUAUUUUUUUACUUGUGGAUAAACAUUUUUUGAAAUUAUCAAAUGGGUAGGUUUACCAAGGAAGGUUACUGUAGAUUCGCUAUGAGACCAGAACAACAAACGUGUUGAUCUUUUAGACUAAAGUAAACUACGGUAGUUUAUUGUUGAAGAUAGCUUGAACUUUUCCCACAAAAUAAACAAGGUCAAAUUAAAGCCAAUCAUUCCAAGUACAAACAAUAUUUGUGUUCAUUUCUUUGCUCUGAAGAAAAUGGAAAAAACAUUUGGUGCAGAUCUUUUUACAUUUUUGCUAUAUAAAACAAAAAAGUUUAAUUGAAAAUAUGUACCAAGAUUGCAAAAAUGAGCGGAGUUCAUCAAAACCCUCAUACGGUUUCCUAGAAUAAAAAUGGACGUGGCUUACUUUGCAGGUCUGGCUGCGAUCACGAAUUCCGCGCGUCUUCAUGUGGCAUUUGAACUGAAAAGUGUUUUGUUUGGAAUAAAGCCACUUUCAAUUCAAGUCACCCCAAUUUUCAGCUUUAAAUUCACAUUUAUGCAGUCUCUAGAUGUAGUUUCAAAUAAUUCCCUGUCUAAACCUACCUGGCUUUUUGUGUCAUUUUGACUGAAGUUCAAAUUCAUCGCAUUUUCACAUUUUGUACAUUUUGGGCGGUGCAAGAGCUUCAAAUCAACCAUUCCAAUUGUGAGCUUUUUUUGUCUCUAACAAUACGUGAUACUUUCCAUCGUCUGAAAUCUGUUGAUUUAGGAAAUGAGACACGUUUGAAUUUUAUCACAACUGGCAAAAUACGGCCGAGCUGCUGCAGGUCCGCCACAUAUCUGCAGCUUUGCAUUCUCACAGCGAAAAAAAAUUUCUUCGCUGUGAUCAACUCAAAAAUAAUGCGGAAAAAAACUUACAUAAAUCGGGUUCAGUUGACGACAAGUCCGGAGCUUCACUCAUCUCGAAAUCAUCAUUUUCUUGCUCUUUUUUAUCCAUUGAUUUCUUCCUCAUUCAAUCCCAUAAUUGACAUUGCUUCAAAAGUUUCGCCGAAUUCUUUUAAGACCUUAAAGUUUCCAAUUUUGUCGAAUUUUCUCUGUUGAUAUAAGAAUGAGUUUUGGUUCUGGAUUGGCUAGUUGUUCAAAAAUUCACCAGUUUUUGCAUAAAACAUAUAUGUUGGCUUAUUUGUUUUUUCUCAACUAAAUAGUAUGAAAUGCAUAUCAUUUUGUUCGUAAUGAAAUUUCAAAUUCAAUGGUGCAAAUCAUUUUUCACGAAAUUGGAAUGUAGUAAAAAAGAAUAAAUAAAAGAGAUAAAAAGAAUAAAUCUUUUUAUAUUAAUUUAUUUUCACGUGCACGUGUGACGUGGCAGAGGUGGCGGCGUAGAGACCGCCUAUCUUUUUCUGUUUCUGUUUUUGUAUUUGCAGUGGUCUGCAGUUUUAUUAGGUGUUUUGUGCGUUGUACAUUUAUUAGGCGGUUUUUCAUUAGGUUUUCUUCGGGUCAAUUUCCUAGGUUAUUUUAGCUGUCUUUUAGCAAUUGUAAAUUGCUUUGUCUUUGUAUUCUAAUUGUGUAUUGUAACUUUUUGUAUUUUAGUCUUUCAAUAAAUUUCUAUUAUAAAAAGGUCGCAAACACAACACUUAUACUAGCCGUGCGCAAAAAUCAAAUAAAAACAAAGGCGCACACAAUUAUUUUCUUUGGUCCUGCGCGGAAACGCGUUUGUGUGUACUUCUCACGGACAACUUGAAAAUUUUUUUUUUCGUUUUUUUUUUUCAUUUCGUUGUUCUGCUGUGUUUUUUGGGAGUAUUGUGUGUACCAAUUCGUGGCAUUGCUAAACUGACGUUGCUUUCUUUAGCCACAGCUAAAAAAAAAGAAGAAAAUUCAUUAAACACUUUAGUUACGGACUCCCCCCUUUUUUCCAGAAAAAAAAAGAAAAAAGUAGGCGGUGCCCAUAUGUUGAUUGUGCCACGGGCGAAAAAAAGAAACAAAAUUUGUGAUUGCGGACCGUUGCCACGACAGUGAAACGUGUCACUCAUUUCGAAAAAAAAGAGCGAUUUCACCCAUCCCAGCCAAUCACGUAAUUACACGUAGCUAAAAGGUACAUGACACGCCCCAUUUUUUUCUGCCAAGUCCGCAGUGAGAAAAGUGUGCUUUUUUUGUUUUGUUUUUUCGCCCGUGAUUGUGCGGCGCGUGUGUUUUUUGUUGCCGCACAGUUUUUUGUGUUUUUUUUUGUUCGCAAGAGGCGACGCCUCCCCUUUCUGCAAACACCGAUGCAUACCGUAUCACGGUAACAAAAAAAUCUUUUUUUUUUGCUGUGUUAGCAUUAUAAAAGCCGUCAGACUCGUCAUUUCUCGCUCUUAUACUUAUUAUUCUAAUAAGCUUUGUAUUUUAGUUUUUUCUCAUCUUCGGCAGUCACCGUAUCCAACCCAAGGAUACAACACCAAGUGAACCAAAAAUGUCCGACUUCGACAUGAAGUGAGUUUUCUAGAAUGUUUCCAGUUAAUUACUGUUUAUUUCAGCCCUGAUACCACACUUGAUUCCAUUCUUCGAAAGUUUGGGAAUGACGAGCGUGUGAUACAAUUCGAGAGGUCGUUUAUAAGGGCAUCGGAAGUUGAAUUGAGAUACAAGGUAAGUGUAGUGAAUUAAUUGUUUGAUAAAUAACUUCUAUUGUUUUUCCAGGUGACAGAUUUGCUCCACAUGCUUCCGUUGCUGAACAUCACUUUGCGGAAAUUCCAUCAGAUGCAUUUUGUGAAGAUUGAACAACGAAUAUCAAAUCGAUUGAACGCACAGCAACGAGAGGUUUUAAUUUUUCACUUUUUAAAUCUGCUCUGUUAUUAUCUCAAUAUUUUUUGCAGAUUUUCAAUAUUCAUUUCCUCAAAGUUGUCGCACACGCUGUUCUCGGCCCAUUUAUCAUUGAAAAUUCAAGAACGAUAAAUAUGCGCCAUGAAUCAUUCAAUCAAUUAUACUCAAGUUUUUCAAUCAACCCCAUCGCAACUAUGAAUAUUUUGAAGAGGUCCCACACAUUGGCCAUAGACCAAAUUGAAAUUGUAAGUAAUUAUUGUACUCAGACACUAGAAGGGUUUUCCUAACAAAAGAGGUGUGGAAUGCUGUGUUAUUCCUAUUUUUCGAAACGGCAGAGGCUACAAAUGAAAGUUCCUGCGAAAUAUCAAACAAAUCUAGAAUGUUUAAAUGAUGUCUUUUCAGGUAGUCGAAAACUUGCCAACGUGCGAAGAUCUUUCGCAUUUGAAAAGAAAUGGUUGCAUGGCGAAAGAUUCAGCAAUGUUUAUUUAUAAACAUAGAACAUCGCCAACACUCAAAGAAUUCCUUCUGUGAGUUUUUGAAAAAAAAAUUCUCAGAAAAAUAGGAAUUUAUAUUUUUACAGGCAAAUGACAAAACGGCGGCGAAAGUUGGCUCAACUCGAACAAGAAUUCAGCGACUUCAUAAUGCCAGCUACCACGGCUUCUGUGAGUUUUUGAAAAAAAAUUCUCAGAAAAAUAGAAAUUUAUAUUUUUACAGGCAACUGACAAAACGGCGGCGAAAUUUGGCUCAACUCGAACAAGAAUACAGCGCCUUCAUAAUGCCAACUACCACGGCUAA